AUGGCGGAGGACGCACCGCCUGCGGCCCCUGUGAUGACGCCGGAGGAAGUGCAGGCUGAGGCCGAGCUGCGGAUGCGCGACGUAAGCCAGCGCUUUGGCGCUAUCCCGGAGGACCACGAGGAACUGCUCCGGUUACUCGAGGAAGCCGAAAUGUGGUUGUCCAGGGUGGAUCAAUCUCCGCCCGAGAGCAUGUACAAUGCUCUUCGCCCCACUAUGGCUGUUUUGAUUACAAAUGAGCUACUGGAGCACCCUGAUCCCAACGUAAAGGUUGCUCUCACCUCUUGCUUAACUGAAGUUACCAGGAUUACCGCACCAGAGGCCCCCUAUGAUGAUGAUGUUAUGAAGGCCGUGUUUAAGAGAAUUGUGGAUACUUUUGCUGACUUGGAUGAUAUGAACAGCCCUUCCUUUUCAAGGAGGGUUUCGAUCCUUGAUUCUGUUGCAAGGGUUCGUUGUUGUGUUCUGAUGUUGGAUCUUGACUUGGACCAUAUGAUACUGGAUAUGUUCCGUCAUUUCUUCAAAACUGCCUCCACCAGGCAUUCAGAACAAGUCACCCACUGUAUGGAAAUUAUAAUGCUGUUUGUAAUUCAGGAGAGCGAUGAUGUCCAUGCUGAACUGGCAUCGUGCCUGCUUCAGAACCUUACUAAAGAAGCGCAAGAAACUCUCCCAGCAUCUUUUGGACUUGCAGAGAGGGUACUAGGCCUAUGCAGGGACAAGCUCAAACCUGUGCUUCAUGAGUUACUUAAGGGCACUCCCUUGGAUGGAUACAGCAACGUUGUUACAACGUUGUUCCAAGAUGCUGGAGAAAACAAUGUUGAUGCAUCAGGAAAAGACAUGGCAGCUGAAGGUAAACUUUCUGAAAAGUCUGUUUCUGACGAGUCACCACAGGAAACUUCAAAGGUGGACCAAAAUGUCAAUUGCCUAGGCCAAGAAGGUACUAGUCCAAGCAGUACUCCCACAACUGCCAUUAGCAAUGGUGCUGCUCCAGUUGACAAUGUCAAGUCUCCAGAUGGACCAGAUUCUUCAAAACAGAAGCAAGAACUGACUUCUGGUGAGGAGCAGACACCAGAUUCUUCUAACCAGAAGCAAGAACUGACUUCUGGUGACGAGCAGACACCGGAUUCUUCUAAACAGAAGCCAGAACUGACUUCUCUUGACAAGCAGACCAAAAGUUCUGAGCAAUUGAUAUCUUGUGACGAAGAAGUACAAGAACCAGUGACUGUUGAAACUGAAAAGCUAUCUGAUGUCAAUUCAAAGAAAGAUCACAAGCUUGGUUCUUCCAUUGGAUCUGAGAUGAGUGAACAAUCAAAGGUUGUUAAAGACAAUGAGGCUCUAGUAGCAUCUGAGUUAUCCCCAGAGACAAAUGAUGGUGAUAAAAAGCAGCUAUCAGAGACUGGCAAUAUAACUGCUGAGGAAUCAUCAAAACCAACUGAUACUAAGCCUGCUGUGGUUAAGCCAAAGAGAGGCCGACCUCCAGCAGCAAAGUCUCAGGAGAAAAAGCCUGUCGGAAAGAAACAUGCAUCAGACCUAAAAUCUGCAAAACUUGACCCUGUCACUGAUUCUGGAGGGAGAGCUACAAGACAACUGAAUAAAGAUGCUGCGAAGUCUUCAUCAACUAAGGCUGCUGAAGGAGAAUCUGGCAAGAAGCAACAUAAAACCAGUAUGAAAUUGCAGAAAGAAGAUGCUGUCUCUGAUAAAGACACCGAUGAAGAUAUUAGUUUGAAGGAAAUGGUGUCCCCAACAAGGAUCGAUAAAUCAAAAGGCCAACAAGAGGAUGGUGGGGCGUCAUCAAAAAGGAAACGUUUGCAGGAAGCUCAAGAGACCCCUCUAUCAAAGAAAAACAAAAUGCUUGAUGAAAACCUUGUUGGCUCAAGAAUCAAAGUUUGGUGGCCAGAUGACAAAAUGUUCUAUGCGGGUGUUGUCGAAUCAUUUGAUGCAUCGUCAAAGAAGCACAAGGUUUCGUAUGAUGAUGGUGAUGUUGAGGUACUAGUGCUUAAGAAGGAAAGAUGGGAGUUCACUGCUGAGGAACAAGACACUGAUCCUGAUACACCAUCUAAUAUACGACGUGGCAGAAAAGCUAAAGGGAGCUCGGGUCAACAAAUGAAGGAAGGAAAAACAGGAACACCUCAAAGUGGCAGUGAUGUUAAGAAUCCUCCCAAGAAGAGAGGGCGUCCAAAAGGGUCUGUGACUCCAGCCAGACUGAAGGGAAAAAGUGCUGAGAAGGAUAGUCAAGAAACACCUAAGACUGGCAUUAACUCUAAGAAGGAAGGUGCAAGGCCCUCUCGAUCUACUGGAAAGGCUAAGGAUGCUGUUGUCAAGGCAAGCAGCAAGGAUGAGCCUGAUAGCACCGACAACUCAAAGGAUGAUGCUGGCAGUGAAGACAAGAAUUCACAAGAUGAAGUGAAAUCCAGUGAAGCUAUUGAUGGAUCCAAGACCAAUGGUCUUUCAACCAAAAGGAAGCUAGAGGAGAAUGAAGGUGAGUCAUCGGAGGAGGAGAAGGGGUCUGCUAAAACCACUAGCAGAAAGAAGCGCAGAAGAAAGAGCCGCAACUAG